CAAAAUAAUAUGAUCUGCUGUUUUUUAUUCUCUGGAUUCAGAUCAUGAUUUUUCUUCUUGUUCUGAGUUCUGCCUUCUUACACAACUGGCAUAGAAGACCAUUAAGCCAAUCUAACUUUAAUGUAAUGGAUGGAUUUUAUUUCCACAAAUCUACUCUCACAUUUUAACAACGUCUUUGCUAAACGGUAGUCUUACAAUUCUUUAAAAUAAUAGAAUCAAGACUGACUGUUGGGAGUAAGCAAUGUAAUAUUUUACCAACGGAACAGGAGGAAGAGCAUGUUUGCAUAUGCAACAAAAGGCAGGAACGUCAGGUGAUCGCUGUUCUCACGCAUUACUUUGAACUAGCGAAACAACAUCAUAAAAAAAUGAACCCUCUCCUUAAUUUGCUCCCAGGGAUCUUGUUUUUACUCGACUAUGGUGUGUCUAGUGUUGGAUCAGAUGUAGUAUCCGUGAAAGAGGGGGAUUUUGUCAUUUUUCACACUGGUGUCGAAACAAGGCAUCAAGAAGACAUUAAAUGGUAUUUUAAUGACAUUCGCAUCGCUCAAAUCAGUGGCGAUCUCACUCAUCGUUGUACAGAUGUUAAGUGUGAAGAUGGUGAAGAGAGAUUCAGAGACAGACUGAAGCUGGAUAAUCAGACUGGAUCUCUGACCAUCACAAACAUAACAAACACAGACUCUGGAGUUUAUGACUUAAAGAUCAUCAGUAGCACCAGCAGCAGUGACAAAACCUUCAAAGUUAUUGUCAGUGGUUCAUCUGCUGCUAAACAAAAUGAAAUGCAGAGAAAGUCAGUGAAGGAGGGAGAAUCUGUUAUUUUAGAUUCUGGUGAAUCAAAAAAAACAAAUGAUGUGAUGUGGUAUUUUAAUGACAUUCUCAUUGGUGAAAUUACCAGAGAUCAGAGUAAGAUCUGUACAAAUGAUCAGUGUAAAGAGAGAUUCAGAGACAGACUGACGUUGAACAAUCAGACUGGAUCUCUGACCAUCACAAACAUCAGAACCACAGACUCUGGACUUUAUAAACUACAGAUCAUCAUCAACAACGGCAGAUUCAGCAUAACCAGUGAAGAGAGAGUGAAGAGAUUCAGUGUUACUGUCACUGCUGUCCAAGAUUCAGAUCUGUCUUCAGGUGUUGUAGCAGGAAUAUGUGUUGCUGUUGUUGGUGUUCUGGUUGUGGCUCUGGUUGUGAUUUACUGCCGUCAUCACAGGAGAUAUAAUCAAGCACCACAGAAAGAUGAUGAUGUUAAUAACUCGCCACUGAAACCAAGAGACAGAGACACAGAACAUCUUUGAAUCAGGCUCAGACUGAGGUUGCCAAUACAACAAUGUAACAUUGUUUAAAAUUUUAAUACUUUCAUUGAAAGCGACACUAAAGAGAAUUGGGAAAUGACUGAAACGUAGCAAAAUAUUACUAGCUGUGGAACUGUUUAUUAGAGGUUUAUGAAGGCUGCUAAAGUGAUCCAGACUGUGAGACAAAAUCUGUUUCUUUUCUUUGCACUGUAACUGAUGUGGUUUAACAUUUUAAUUAUUUCAUCUUGCCUGCUUACAUUCACUCAUAACUGACAGACCUGACUGUGUUUUUACAUUUUAGUUUUCUGGGAAAAAAAGACUGUAUUUACAUUACAUUGCUAAUGUUUAUGGUUUAAACAACACUAUCCCUUAGUCAUCAGCCUUCAUCAGAAAACACUUUCCACAAACUACACAGGAACCAAGAUCAGCCUUAAUAAGCUUAGAAAUACAUUAAUUUAUUUUAAAAUUGGUGAACCAGUUUGCUGAGAGUAUUUAUGAUGUUCAGUGCUUGUAACUGGAUGCACACAUGGCACAGGCUGUGGUAAAUGGUACUUAAAUUUGUAAAAUAUUUUAAGUUUGUCAGGAAGAAUGUUAGAGAAGAAUUAACAUAAAUGUGUGUAUAGUUGAUAAUGCAAGUGAAAGUGAUGUGGCCAACAAUGGUAAUGCAAUUCAAUUAUAGCAAGCCUUCAUACAUUUGAUAGAUAAACUGUAUUUUAUCUUUAUUGCUGAAAUGUGUGUAAAUAAGUCACCAUGAAACUGCAGCAUUCUGCCUUCUUGUAGUUGUGAAUAUAUCAUCUACAUUUUAUGACAUUUUAUGAGGUGCUGAUUUCAUUUUAUUUCAUAAUUGUAAUAUUUGUAACUUAAAGGUUUUGUUUGUUUGUUUGUUUGGUUCUUUUUUUUUUUUUUCUUGCAAGACAAAUAUGCUGUGCCUUGCACUUUGAAAAACAUAUUUAUACAUUGUCCUUUCUGUGUUCCUUUGCAUUGACAAAGGGAAAAGUCCCUUGAAGUGAAACCUACUAAACGCUAUUUUCAGAAUCAAGGACAUGAAUUUGAAAAUCUUUGUAUGUGAUAAAUAUUAUAAAAAACA